AUGCUCUCCCGAGCCAUCUCCCGUCAGUCACAAGCUCUCAGAGCUGCGACGAGACGUUCCGGUGCUAGCAGCCAUGCUCGCCUCCUCUCCUCCACCGCCGCCCGUCGCGCCAACAGCGACGAGCAGCUGAACAAGGUCUCCUCCAAGAUCACCCAGCCCAAGUCCCAGGGUGCCUCGCAGGCUAUGCUCUACGCCACUGGUCUCACCGAAGCCGACAUGAACAAGGCUCAGGUUGGUAUCUCGUCCGUCUGGUACGAGGGCAACCCUUGCAAUAUGCAUCUUCUCGACCUGUCCAACAUCGUCCGCAAGUCCGUCAAGGACGCCGGCCUCAUCCCCUACCAGUUCAACACCAUUGGUGUCUCUGACGGUAUCUCCAUGGGUACCAAGGGUAUGCGCUACUCGCUCCAGUCGCGUGAGAUUAUUGCCGACUCCAUCGAGACCGUCAUGAACGGCCAGUGGUACGACGGCAACGUCUCCCUUCCCGGCUGCGACAAGAACAUGCCCGGUGUGGCCAUCGCCAUGGGCCGUGUCAACCGCCCUUCCAUCAUGGUCUACGGCGGUACCAUCAAGCCCGGCUGCACCAAGUCUGGCGAGUCCAUUGACAUCGUCUCCGCCUUCCAGGCUUACGGACAGUACAUCACCGGCGAGAUCACCGAGGAGCAGCGCUUCGACAUCAUCCGCAACGCCUGCCCCGGCAGCGGCGCCUGCGGAGGCAUGUACACCGCCAACACCAUGGCUACCGCCAUCGAGACCCUCGGUCUGACGAUGCCCGGAUCCUCCAGCAGCCCCGCCGAGGACCCCAGCAAGAAGGCCGAGUGCGAGGGUAUCGGUGCCGCCAUCAAGAACAUUCUCAAGGAGGACAUUCGCCCCCGCGACAUCCUCACCCGCCAGGCCUUUGAGAACGCCAUGAUCGUUGUCAACAUCCUCGGAGGCAGCACCAACGCCGUCCUCCACCUGCUCGCCAUCGCCGACUCCGUCGGUAUCAAGCUGACCGUCGAUGACUUCCAGGCCGUCUCCGACCGCACUCCCUUCCUUGCCGACCUGAAGCCCUCCGGAAAGUACGUCAUGGCCGACAUGCACAGAAUCGGCGGAACCCCCGGUCUGCUCAAGUUCCUGCUCAAGGAGGGUCUCAUCGACGGCUCCGGCAUCACCGUCACCGGUAAGACGAUGAAGCAGAACGUCGAGGACAUGCCGGCCUUCCCCGCCGAGCAGGACAUCAUCCGUCCCUUCAGCAACCCCAUCAAGCCCACGGGCCACAUCCAGAUCCUGCGCGGCCAGCUCGCGCCCGGCGGCUCCGUCGGCAAGAUCACCGGAAAGGAGGGUCUGCGUUUCGAGGGCAAGGCGCGCGUGUUCGACGAGGAGGACGCCUUCAUCGAGGCUCUCGAGCGCAACGAGAUCAAGAAGGGCGAGAAGACCGUCGUCAUCAUCCGCUACGAGGGCCCCAAGGGCGGCCCCGGCAUGCCCGAGAUGUUGAAGCCUAGUUCCGCCAUCAUGGGUGCCGGUCUCGGCAAGGACGUCGCCCUGCUCACCGACGGCCGUUUCUCCGGCGGUUCCCACGGUUUCCUGAUCGGCCACAUCGUCCCCGAGGCCAUGGAGGGCGGUCCCAUCGGUCUCGUCCAGGACGGCGACGUCAUCACCAUCGACGCCGAGCAGCGCGUCAUCGACACCAACGUCUCCGACGCCGAGAUGGCCAGGAGAAGAGCCGAGUGGAAGGCCCCCCCUCCCAAGUACACCAAGGGUACCUUGAAGAAGUACUCUUCUCUCGUGAGCGACGCCAGCUCCGGCUGCGUUACUGACGGCCCGUUGUAA